AUGUUUUCCACCGCCGUUACUGAGGGUGGCCCGGCCACGGCCACCCGUUCGCGCCGUCGCCAACGUCCCAAGUCCCAGGAGAGCCUCGUGCCUCAACCAAAGGCCAAGCGCCAGCGCGUUCCCCUCUCCGAGCAGACCUUUGUCAACCCGGACGCGCAGGCAAACACCGUCGUCGAGGCCCCCGUUGUCGUCGAGAAGCGCGCUCCGGCGGCCGAGCCUGUCGACGAUGCCGGCAACGAAAACGUCAACCCCGCGCCGCGAAAAGAAUUGAAUCUCCGCACUAAAAAGACAAAGCAUGCCGAUAGAGCUGCGUCAAAAGGGGAUGGUAGUGUCGCCUUGACAAAAACGGACGCCUAUAUCGUCAGCAAGCUGCCCGCCAUCCCGGAUAGAAUUCGCUCGGAUUGGAGCCUCAAGCAACAUGCCGACAUCUCCUCGUCAUUCGGAUACGCCCUUACACUUUCGCAAACAAACGCCCUAGUCUGGCCCUAUCACUCGACGUCGCAAUCACCCGAGACCUUCACAUUCACACUGCCGACACCAGGUAGACCCAGUGAUCCCCUUCCCGUCGGAUGCUUCGUCUCCCCGUCAGCCUCAUCUACAGAACCUGGCUUAGUUGUCGUGACCGCCAGUAGCGGCAAGGUCGUCUUUUGGGAAUCCAUCUCCAGUGCCGCUACGUUCGCCUUCAUCAAAAAAGACCGAUCCGGUGUCGAACACAGUAUUUCUGGCAUGUCCCACGGCGAAAAGGUAACCUCCAUUACAAACGCCGAGUCUGCUGGCUUCAUCAUCACGUUCAACUCGGGUCGCCUGGCCUACAUGAGUGUUCGCGAUAACCACGGUCGGCCCGCCAUCUCGGUACAAUUCCUACGCUCAAAUCUCGCAACCGCUGGCGGUGGAAUCUUCGGUAGCAUUCGCCACGCUUUUUCGAAUCUAUCAUUGCGCGGCGAAAUUGCUGCCGUGCGCGCCGAUCGGUCAGCGCGUGUUGGCGAGCGUAAUAUUGUCGCGCUCACCUCUAAAGGCAAGCUUCAAGCUUGGAAGAUCCACCGCGGCGGCCACAAUGAGCACAUUGGUGAGGCUGAAAUGCGCGACUCCCUAUACUCUGCCCUCUACGAAGCCGACCCAUAUACGAAAGACUUUUCACCGGAUUCAUUAGAGGCUCUCGACUUUACCUUCGUCCCCAAGGGCCUCGAACACAAGUACCUCGAAAUGAGCAGGCUCAGCGAUGCCAUGGCCACAGACGACGCCUCUGUUCAACACCUGCUACUUCUUGUGUCGCUGACUCGCAAGAGCGUUGCACGCUAUUCACUCGUCGAAGUCAUUCUGAGACCGAAUUCAUGCAAGGUCGGCAUGGUCCGCCCCAUAACGUCAUAUUCAACGCCUUUACAACGAGCUUCUGGCGAAGGUGAAGCAAGCUCUUCUCCUCGAGUCUACCUUCCCCGGCCUGCACUGGUUGCAUUCGUCGUCUUUGAGAGAGCGGCUGUCAUGGCAUCAGUUGCACUUCCACCUGAAUCCCCAGACUCGCAGCUUCAAUCUGACAACCAUAUUCUACCCCCUUCAUUUGAGGACGUUGUCGAUUUCCGUGAAGACGAUCUCUACGAAAUAGUCGGUUCUGGAUUUGAAGAAAUGCCCUCUGUAAUUCAAGAGGACAAGGAAAACCGCAUCUUCCGCCAAAGGCCGACAAGGAACCCGGCUGCGCUCCUAAUGGUUCGCGGCGCAGGUGUCAUUCGUUUUAUCACCACCGACAUUGACAAGUUUGCCAGCGAGCAAGCCCCACAAGUGUCGGCCAAGAGCAAGCUCGAGCAGACGGUAUUUUCGGGUUCCAGAAAAGGAAGCCCGCUCAUCUUUGAUGGGCGACGCGAGACUUCCUUCACGGGCAAAGAGCUCUCCACUGCUGCACUCGAGGUCAGCCAAGAGAUUCUUGGCUCCACAACAACACAUAUGCCGACAUUACCUGCUUCACUGGAGGACAACCUGCGGGAGCGUUCACGGGCCCUGGAGCGCUUAGUAAGACAUCUUCAGUCCAUUGGAGCCGACAUGGACAGAAGUACGCGGUGGAAUCUGCUCUACAACGCUGAGAAGAUGCAUGUUGCCACGUUGAUAUGGAAGCUCCACGAAGCAUUCACGGCUGCACGGCCAGCGGAUGACAAAAAGAGCCUCAUCGGAUCCAUUGUAGAGUUCAUUCACGAGGAUCAAAAAUCGAACCCAGUGGCUGCCGCAGGCGAAGUCGAUGCAAUCCGCCAUUGGUUCAUCAAUGACGUGUUUCGGUUAGAGCUUUUUGUAGCUUGGGGCUACGAAGUCAUCAAGACGCUAUACAAGGACCGUCUGCUUGAUGAUACUAAAAUUACCGUCAUGAUGAACGAAGCAAUCCAGUUAAAUGUCACCACACACUUUGGUGCCUUGGAAUUCAGAAAGGAAAAUUUGGAUCUAUAUGGCCUUGGCGAGGAACGGAUGAGCCUUGGCAUCCUCCGGGAUAACAUUGAAGGCAUGCCGGAGCCGUGGACAGGCUGCCAUUAUCUUGCGAACAAUGUGAAGCGUCUUCUCGACCUGUCCGACCAAUGGUACAAGAAACACCAGUCGCUCGCCGCAGAAAAGAUGCAAGGGACCGACAAGCCCAACGCGGCAAUCCUGGCAAAAAUCUUUGAUGAGCUCCCUUCCCUGACUGACGCAGCUCUGACCGCAGUACUCGAGUAUGCGCGUUGGGGGGCCACAUCUCCGGACCACAACACAUUUGCUCAGAGCUUUGCCAAGGUUUACGCUGCUGACAGGUUCGAGAAGCCUGUUUUCCUCGCAAGAGCCGGAAAAUGGGAAGAAGGUGCUCUUCUUGCUGAGAAGCAUCAAUCUUUGCAUGGCCUAGCGGUAGUUCUGCUAGACCACGUCGAGGCACUCGAACAGCAACUGGCACAGCCCGGGCUGCCAGCCAGCGAAGCUAAGGUUUUGAAGGCACUCCGCGAAGCUAAGAAGUCGCAGCUGGAAGAUCGAUUCAGCCGCUAUGGAAAGGACUUUGCUUUCCCCGUUUACGAAUUUCUGCUUGAGAAGCAUGGUGUCGAGGCGGUUCUCGAAUUUGACCUGGAGACUCUCGGGUUCAAGACUCUGUUCUUGCGCAGCAAGCCAGAGCUGGCCCGUAUUUCCUGGAUCAACGAUAUUGAGCAAGAGAAGGAUGUUGACCAUGCUGCCGACACGCUUGUCAGCUUGGCCCUUAACAAGGAACAGCAGGCCUGGAACAAGAGGGUUGAGCUUAGCCUGGGCAAGCUUGCCUUGCUAGCCGAGGCUGAAGAGAAGCAGGAGCAGCCCAAUGGUCUAAAGGUUGCCGUUAACGAAGCGCGCCAUGAAAGUCAGCUCGCCACGGUGGAGAAUGAGCUCAUCACGCUUAAGGUUCAGGAUGAGCUCUACAAACUAAUCCUCACGAGCACCUAUGACGCCGUUGAUGAAGCUGCGGCUCUCAACUUUGCCAUGGAAGCUCAUAGUGCAAACAUUCCGCGUCGGCAAAAAGUGUUGCUUCAGCUUUUUGAGGACGGCAUGGAGCGACUGCUCAAGCACGAAGCCCUCGACGCUAUGACACUCAUCGACCUUCUCACCCUCGUGUAUUUCAAGCCCGAACAACAAGAGCACCUUGCGCAUCCCUUCUGGAUGGCCCUCAAGGUAGCCGAGAGCAGCUGCCACGCUGAAGAGCUCAAGGAGGCCAAGAGGCUCAUUUGGCGACGUCUGUUUAUUCGUGACGACUGGGCUCGCAUAAACGAUACGCAGCUCAAGCACGAUCGCGAAGUGGUUGCUGAGCUUGCUGACACGGAGCUGUAUGCCGUCCUGGCUGACUGCGUGCGCUACCAAGACGAGCGCGAGCCCUUCCGUCCCAUGAGCCCGCAGGAGGCGCUCGGCGCAUUCACUGAGGACCUAGACCGUCGCUUCCGAGACCUCGGCGCCGAGAUCCACACCAAGCAGAUCGAGGCUAUGCGGUGGGAGGACAAGGCUCUCAAGCAAAACAUCGACAAGCACCGUCUAGCCGACUGGCUGCGCACAUGUCUAGGGCAAGCCCAGGCCGAGGUGCAGCGGCAGGCGGAGGAGGCGAGCAUGGCCGCGCGGGAGGACCCUAUUGUGGUUGAGGACGCCAUGAUGGACGAAGUCACGAACGGUCAUGUCCCGGGACAGUUUAUAAACUGA